AUGUCGCAAAAGGGAAGUUUGAAAAAUUCAGAACAAGGUGGCAGCUUGCCCGUCCCCUCGGCGUCCUCCGCGUUCGAGCGCUACGGGUUGACCAUCGCCGAGAAUUUGUUCAAGAAACAAAAAAAAGUAUUCGAGAAGUACGCCUCGGUGGAGGUCGAGGGACAAAAGUACAUGAAUCAAGACGAUUUUAUUUCGGCCAUAGCUCCUGGGGAGGAUUGGAAAAGGAUUGAGAAAGAACAAUAUGGUAUCUUAUUUAAAUUGGCGGAUAAUAGUAAAAAAGGUUUAAUAUCCCUUCAAGAUUUUGUGGUAUUCGAGAAUUUACUUUCAAAACCUGAUGUAGAAUAUGAAAUCGCUUUCAGACUAUUUGACAUUGGUGGGACUGGGAAAAUCACCUUGGAUCAGUUUAAGACGAUUUUGAUAUCAAACAGUGCACCCGACAGUGUUCCGUUCGACUUCGAUUGUGAGCUGUUGAAGUUGUAUGUCGGUCGGAAUCCGGGAAAAAAAAACGAACUUACUUACGAGGAAUUCACUCAACUAUUGAAAGGAUUACAGGAGGAACGACUACGCCAGGAGUUUAAGUACUAUGAUAAAGAGGGCUCUGGGUACAUCUCUCCUGAUGAUUUCAAAAGGAUCAUCCUUUCCGUAGCCAGGCAUAAGCUUUCGGAUUAUGUCGUUGAGAACCUGUCGACUUUAUGUGACGAAUCCACUGGAAACAAGAUAAGCUACGCGAAGGUUGCGGCCUUUCACAAUGUCAUAAGACAGAUGGAUAUGGUAGAGAGGAUUGUUUCAAAGGCCAUUUCGGAUAGCGCCGAUAAGAAGAUCACCAGGAACGACUUUCUCAACACGGCGGCGAAGGAGACGAGAUUCUCAUCGUUCACCCCAUUGGAGGCCGACAUCAUAUUUCACUUUGCCGGAUUGGAGAAUUCCUCGGGAAGAUCAUCGAGACGCGAUUUCGCUCAACUAUGGGAUCCCAAAUGGAAGAAGCAGUCAGAAUUAAAGCCGGCGGCCGAUGUACCAGUAAAAGGUCGUACUGGACUUGGAUGGGAGAUCCUGCAUCAGGUCUACUCGUUCGUCCUGGGCGCGAUCGCCGGAGCUGUGGGUGCGACCGUCGUGUACCCCAUUGAUCUGGUGAAGACGCGUAUGCAGAAUCAGAGGUCGAAGGUGGUUGGCGAAUUGCUGUAUCGAAAUAGUGUGGAUUGCUUUCGAAAGGUUGUAAAGAACGAAGGUAUACUUGGACUCUACAGCGGUCUUGGCCCUCAGCUGGUGGGUGUGGCGCCGGAGAAGGCUAUUAAAUUGACUGUCAAUGAUUUCGCGCGAUCUCGCCUGAGGAAUAAGGAGACCGGUGAAAUCACAUUGGUUUCUGAGGUGUUUGCAGGUGGUAUGGCGGGUGGUUGUCAAGUGAUAUUCACCAAUCCACUGGAAAUCGUGAAGAUUCGUCUUCAAGUGCAAGGUGAAUUGGCGGAACGUCGUUCCGCGAUUGCAAUCGUGAAGAACCUUGGUCUCUUCGGUCUUUACAAAGGGGCAAACGCGUGCUUACUUCGUGACAUACCAUUCUCCGCCAUAUAUUUUUCCUCGUACUCGCACAUAAAGAAGGAUGUGUUUGGCGAAGGGCCAGAUAAAAAAUUGGGUAUAGGGGAAUUGUUGUUUGCAGGUGCGGCGGCCGGGAUGCCGGCGGCGUAUCUCACAACGCCGGCCGAUGUGAUUAAAACUAGACUACAGGUGGAGGCGCGUGAAGGUCAAACCGCGUAUAAUGGUAUAGCUGACGCCGCUAAAAAGAUAUUUAAAGAGGAGGGGUUCAAAGCAUUCUUUAAGGGCGGACCGGCUCGUAUUUUUAGGUCUUCGCCGCAAUUCGGUACCACCCUGAUGGUUUACGAAUUGCUGCAAAGAUGGUUCCCGUGGAAUCGCGCAGAAGACAAGGUUGCAAAGAUUACCGCAACGGAGACUGGAGAUCUCGGUCACUUGAAAAGCAGGAAUGCAUUAAAGAUUUUAUUGGAUUUGGACUACAAGUUUGGGGUGGUGCCGAAAGGUCUUAAUGUUUCUGGGGUGCCCGUGGCCACAUCAUCAUCUUAG